AUGGCAGGCAUAGAGGAAAACGACGAGUUCUACCUGCGGUACUACGUGGGGCACAAGGGAAAGUUCGGCCACGAAUUCCUAGAAUUCGAGUUCCGGCCCGACGGAAAGCUGCGGUACGCCAAUAACUCUAACUACAAGAACGACACAAUGAUCCGUAAGGAGGUUUUUGUGACCCCUUCCGUCCUCAAGGAGUGCCGCCGCAUUGUAUCCGAUUCCGAGAUAAUGAAGGAGGAUGACAAUAAUUGGCCGGAGCCCGACCGUGUGGGGAGGCAGGAGCUGGAGAUUGUAAUGGGGAACGAGCACAUUUCGUUUACUACUUCGAAGAUUGGUUCCCUCAUGGAUGUGCAGACAAGCAAGGAUCCCGAAGGCCUCCGCAUCUUUUACUAUCUGGUUCAGGAUCUGAAAUGUUUCGUGUUCUCUCUCAUCUCAUUACACUUCAAGAUCAAACCCAUUUGA